AUGGACCCAGACACUGAGCAGAUGAGGGUUGAAAAGCCCAACCACGAACAACCCAAACCUAAUACUGAAUUCCCAGAUGGAGGCUUCAAGGCUUGGUCCGUCGUCGUUGGUGCUUUCUGUGGGUUGUUUGUUGGGGUCUUCCAAGCCUACUACGAAGCAAACCAGUUGCAAGACUUGUCGCCCAGCACUGUAUCAUGGAUACCCGCCAUUUCUAUGUUCAUAAUGUUCAUCACAGGACCUUUCGUCGGUCGAGCUUUCGAUAAUUAUGGUCCGCGCUACCUCCUUCUUGCAGGUACACUACUGCACGUCUUUGGGUUGAUGAUGGCAUCUAUAUCAUCUCAGUACUACCAGUACAUCCUCUCCCAGGCGAUAUGCAGUCCCCUGGGUGCAGCCAUGGUUCUGUAUCCCUCAUUCAGCUGUGUCACAACAUGGUUUCGACAAAAGCGUGCCUUGGCCCUUGGAAUAACCGCUAGCGGCUCGAGUCUCGGCGGUACGAUUCUCCCCAUUGUCGUGAAUCGACUGAUUCCAAGAAUUGGCUUUGGGUGGACUAUGAGAGCUUGCGCCUUCUUGUUGCUUGGUCUGCUUCUCGUGACGAAUUUGACGGUUCGAUCGCGGGUUGCGCCUCAGCCAAAGGAGGCGGGCAUCAUAGCGUAUCUCCGGCCUUUUACAUCGCUCUCGUUUAUCCUUACCUCGUUGGCGGGAUUCUUCUACUCCAUGGGAAUGUUUAUACCCAUUACUUUCAUGGUAACCUAUGGAGAACAUGUCGGCCUUUCAAAUAGCAUGGCUGGGUACCUGGUCUCGAUAUUCAAUGCAUCAAGUGGAAUCGGGCGUAUUCUACCGGGAUAUAUAGCAGACAAGGUUGGCAGCUUCAACGUGUCAAUAGCAGCUGCGACUCUUUCGACGAUAUUCAUGCUCGGAUUGUGGCUGCCCGGCCAUAGCCGUGAGUCAGCUAUUGCUUUUGCCGCCUUGUUUGGAUUCAGUUCAGGCACAUAUACCGCCAUCAGCCCUGCCUUGAUAGCGCAUAUUUCGGACCUUGAAGAGAUAGGCACUCGUUCUGGGACCAUGUACGCGUUUAUGUCUGUGGCUGCGCUCACUGGCAGCCCAAUUGGGGGGGCUCUGAUCUCGAGCGCAGGCGGGAGCUAUUGGAAGCUACAGGUUUUUGCUGGCUGUAUGCUCGGUGCAGGGACGGUGUUUUACGUCCUCGCGAGACUGUACAUUACCAAGGGCAGGCUUUGGGAAAAGGUGUAA